CAUUUCAGUUCUAUUUUUAUUGUGAAGUUUUAUCGGUUUUAUCAAGUCCACGGUGCACAUUCAUUUUCUGAUAAAACUUUUUUUCUCGAUAAACUUGAUAAGAACAGCAUCUGGUUAUUUUCAUUAUUUGCAAUUCAAAAUGACUGCAGACUUGGAUCAGUGGAUAGAAAUCACCAAACACUGUAAAUACUUGCCGGAAAAUGACCUGAAAAAGUUGUGUGACAUAGUUUGUGAUUUGUUGAUUGAAGAGUCGAACAUCCAGCCAGUGAGCAGUCCGGUGACCGUCUGCGGGGAUAUCCAUGGUCAAUUUUAUGACCUGGAAGAACUGUUCCGCACUGGAGGCCAUGUACCGGAAACGAAUUAUAUUUUCAUGGGCGAUUUCGUUGAUCGGGGCUAUUACAGUUUGGAAACCUUCACCCGUUUGCUGACGCUGAAGGCCCGAUAUCCGGACAAAAUUACUCUGCUGAGGGGCAAUCAUGAAUCACGCCAAAUAACCAAAGUGUACGGAUUUUACGACGAAUGUUAUACCAAAUAUGGCAAUGUGAAUCCUUGGAAGUAUUGCUGUCGGGUAUUCGAUUUGCUGACCAUUGCUGCCUUGAUCGAUGAAGAAAUUUUUUGCGUCCACGGCGGACUAAGCCCGGAAAUCAAAACCUUGGAUCAGAUACGAUCCAUCAAACGCGAGCAGGAAAUUCCUCAUAAGGGUGCUUUCUGCGACUUGGUUUGGUCGGACCCGGAGGACAUUGAGACGUGGGCGGAAAGUCCAAGAGGAGCAGGUUGGCUAUUCGGUGCCGCAGUUACCCGCGACUUUAUUCAUAUCAACAACUUGGAGUUGAUAUGCCGCGCCCAUCAGCUGGUGCAUGAAGGAAUAAACUAUCUAUUCGACCAGAAGUUGGUCACCGUUUGGUCUGCUCCGAAUUAUUGCUAUCGCUGCGGAAAUGUUGCAGCCAUACUCAAGUUCAACACGUCGAAGGAUUCUUUGGUAGAGAUUUUCAAGGCCGUUCCGGAUAACGAAAGGGUCAUGCCAAGUCAGCGCAUUACGCCGUAUUUUCUGUAAAAUAAAAUGCCUCUUAACGCAGCGUUCGAACGCAUUGAAUUAUUUAUGUAACCAAAAGUGAAUAAAAUACGCUAUGUGAUUACAA